CUGCGAUACAUGGAUGUUCAACGGCCGACAGGCAAUGUCUGCUGCCUGGUGGCCGUCGGCAACACACCGACGAACAUGCAAUUCACCUCUGCAGCCGACAAUCACAUCCUCACACCCACACCAACCCACCCACCCACUCAGGCCUCAGCGCUCGAGAUCCAUCAUCAUAUCACGGUACUCGUCCAGCCCCGCGGUGUCUUCUGGCGGCUCGCGGUCGAUGAAGGGCCAGAGGACGACCGACAGCAUCUCCUCCGCCAGACCUGCCAUCUCGAUGACGCCCCGUCGAGCAGGCAGGGGCGAAUCACCGUCAGCAGGAGGGGACAGCCCGUACAGGAAGUCCCUCUUUGCCGCCGCCAGCUCGCCGAACCUCCGCAGCUGGAUGUAUCGGACCACUUGGACCACGUUGUCAUCUGCACACCGCCCGAAGCAACACACACACCUGCGCCUCAUCGGCCGAUCCCAACUCCCCUUUGACCCACUGACCGAGCCGAAUCUGCUCAUCGGCCUGCCUGUCGUCCACAAACGCCGUCUGGAACACUGCGUACAACAUCGCCACAGCCCUGACCAAACACACACAUGCACACCUGGCCUGCUGUUUGCGAGGAGCGUCUGGUGCUGAAUGUGUUUACUGCACCUCUCGAAUGUCAGUGCGAUGCCAUGAUCGCCUCCACACAUCACGUAGAAGGGCUCGUCCUCUCCCCCCAUCGUCAUAUCUGCAGAUGCAGGUUGGACAGCAAGCACAACAUCUGACAAGGACUUGUCUGCAUCUCCCCUGCACUCGGCUUCCCCUCCCCGAUGCACAGACGAUCAUCUGACGCAGGUGAGGAUUUCUUGGAGGCAUGGAUCGACCGGCGGGGGGCCUCUGCAGCAGCGGCACCGGCAGCGGCAGCAGCAGCAGCGGUAGGUCCCUCGAUCUUGUAGCACGCACCCUUCCGGUGGUGGUGGUUUCGUUUACGGGGACCUU